AUGGUAUAAGAAAUUUCGUAUGGCACUGGGCAAAAGGCCUUUUCUCCCGAUUUGAAUCGAGGGAAUUGUGAAAAGCCCACUGACUAUAUAUUUGCCUGCAUUGGAUUAGCUCUAAAACUGGAUGUUUUUGAUACUACUUAUUAUACGACCCACGAUAUGGGCAUUCUUGGAAUAUUGCCGUAUUUUGUGCAUAUGUUUAUUUUUUUGGUUCCAAGUAUAGUCAUGCACUCUUUUAUGGGACAGUUCUCCAGCAGCGGCUUUAUCUCCGCCUUUCGCCUGUCGCCGUUUUUCAAAGGCAUGGGAUAUGUGAGCGUUUUUUUGACUCUCUCAAUGCUAAUUUAUUAUAGCAUUUAUGCUGCUCUUCCGCUUUUCUUCAUUAUACACUCUUUUCGACCCACUCUACCUUGGAGUUGUGAAGACUUAACAUCUUGGUUCAAUACGACCUCUGGACGAUCGACUAUAUGUAAAGUUUCGAUUAGUGGGGAGUACUCUGAAUUCAAAAACAACUCAGGUUAUAAAAUACUUCAUGUACCUUCUACGUUCUUCUUUCUGGAUCACUUUGACGAGAAAGGAAUUCCGGGUAUUAAUAAUGACUACGAGCUAUCCUGGCCUUUAGUUGGCCUCUUCGCUCUAGUUUGGGCAGUAAUUGCAAUUAUUUUUUAUACAUUUUCAGAGCCGGCGAAGUUUGGAAAAUUUAUACGCUACAUGGUUAUUGGGACACUGAUUCUUCUUCUAGUGUGCUUUGUGCGCUUUCUUUUUCUCCCAGGAGGUCUUUCGUGGCUAGGCGAAUAUAUAUCUCCAAAACCAGGGAAUUGGGCUAUAGGGACUGUCUCGUCGUUCCUCAUCGCUACACAAGCGUUUGGAGCUGGAUGGGGCGGUGUGAUAGCCCUGUCCAGUUUCAAUAGAUUCAAGACCAACAUAAUGUCGUACAGUUGGAUUAUUUCUUUUGGACAGAUUUUUAUCUUCAUUAUGUUUGGAAUGGUUUCCUUUAUGCUGGAACAAUACUUCAAAGGACUUGUUGAAGUAUUUGAUAAAACAUACGUAAACAAUAUUUGGCAAAUGCUUUUAGGCAGUGCCAGUGCAUUAUCUACAACGGGUUGGCCAAACCUGUGGACAUUUAUUUAUUAUACUACAUUGUUAAUGGCGGCUGUUAUUUCCAUAACGACUCAAAUAUUCACUGCAUUGCAAAGUUUGUUUGAUGAGUUUGAGGAACUCAGAGUAAGAAAACAAAAGGUUACCUUUAGCCUAAUUGGUGGUCUUGCAGUGUGUUCCAUUUUCUUCUGCACAAAUCACGGUAUUGAUUACUUUAUUCAUUUCGCUAUUGAUGGCCUUAUUUCACACAGUGUGCUCCAUUUACUGCUAUUACUAGUGAUUUUAUGGAUCUACGGUCGAGAAGGUUUCCAGCGGGAUGUUGAGUUUAUGUUGGGUCAGCCGUUCGCCUCCUGGAAGAUUUACAUGCUCCGAUUCAUAGCUCCAAUAUUUUUAGUGAUUUGUAUGCUGUCAGGAAUAAGUUUGUCCAUAUUGGACCUCACUCUUUUGUCUAAAGUGAUCCUUGUGACGUGCAUAGUUCUGGUGUGUUUACCAAUUCUGGCAAUACCUGGCUACGGAUUUUACAACCUAUCCGAAAGCACUGGCACCUUUUGCGAUCACCCUAGACGCACCUGUCGACCCACCGAUUGGUAUCCGGUUGAGAUAGAGCACCGCCAGAAGUACGAGGAAGGAACCACUGAGACCCACCAGCUCUUUGAGGUUAUAGAAGAUGUAAACUAAGUAGCAAUACCAAAUUUGUAGUUUUCAUG